CGGUGGGAAAAAUGAGUUUUUCAAACCGCUGCGAAUUCUCUUUAAAAAACGAAAUACAGUAUCUUCUUUCUUUCUCCUUCCUCGAAAUCUCCUCUCUCUCACCUACCUUAGCUUCUCUCUCCUCCUUCAUUCUUCUUCAUCUUCUGGGUUUAUGUUCGAAUUUUCUGGGGGGUUUGCGAUUUUGAGCAGCCGCGAAUUUCCCGGUCACCGUCAUCCUCACCGGAGCUGCUUCGAUGUUCUCAUGACCCACUGUCACCCUCAUGCUUCACCUGCUCUUCACGGCUCCACCACUAUCGUCACUCUUCGCCGUCGCAUUCGUCUCCGCUCCUCCAGAUCUGGUCUAAAAUCCAACAAUCUUCUCAUUUCAUCUUGGGAUUCUAGUAUUAGGUUGGUGGAUGUGGAAAGCAGUAAGCUUAGAUUAGAAGUUCAAACAGAAGCUGCAGUACUUGAUUGCUGUUUUCAGAAUGAGUUUGUUGCUUUCUCUGCUACUUCUGAUGGAUCCAUUUUCAGGUAGUUUUUUUCCCUGAAAAUUUGGUUUUUUGUUGAAAUUUGGGCUUAAUAUUAUUCAAGGGUUGCUUAAUGAAAUUGUAAUUAUUAUCCAAUUUAUUACCCACCAUGGGAGCAGUCGAAAUUUACCUAAAAAAGUAAGAAAGAAUGAAAAUUGAAGGAAGACAAUGAGAAAGGAAGAGAAUGUAGGAGAGAUAAGGAGGAACUUAAGGUGGAAUUGUGCUCUUAGUAUCCCUAUGGUUUACAGCCAGUUGUACCCUUUUGAAGGUCUGUUGAAUUAUACUUCAGGAAUCAUUCAUCAUGUUAGACUUGAAGGUGUUGUAUGUGCAGCUGGUUGACUUUACAUGGCAAGCAUUAAGUAUCUACACACAGGAAUUGCUGUUUUUACUAAUUGUUUGGGUAGCUGGGUGGCCUGGUCUGGCUUUGGCUCAUGGCUGCUGCUGGUUCCCUGCUGCUACUGGUUUUGGUUUUAGUGUUGAACUGGGAAUGCUUCAGGGUGUCUCAGCAAUUGGAGCUUUCUAUGAGCUCCUAAGUCAAUCCUCUCUGAACGUAUCUCGGCAUGGAGAACGCAAGCUAGUCGCUCCUGUUGAGUUAUGCCCGAUCUUAAAGACACUAUACAAGAUACUCAUAAAAAGGGAACAAUCUUCAGAAGACAUUCUCCAAACACUGAGGGAUGAGACAUGAAUGAUCCCCGGGAUCGAAUCGAAAUUGCUCAAUCACAUGCUUUCUACAUGCCUUCACUCCGCUGAGUUGCCGUGUGUGUUCAGGAAGCUAUAACCUUGUAUUUUAUUUUGAUUUAUAUUUUAUUUUUUUGGACAAAAAUUGUAA